AUGCUAGAGAAUCAUUCAGACAACACCUCAGGCCCCACGCCUGAGGACAGCUCGGCCUUCUCGCAGACGGAACACAGGCUCGUGGCCGCUUACUUGAUCGUGGCAGGUGUGAUAAGUAUCCUGAGCAACAUAGUGGUCCUGGGCAUCUUCAUUAAGUACAAGGAGCUUCAGACGCGCACAAACGCCAUCAUCAUUAACCUGGCCUUCACUGACAUUGGGGUCAGCAGCAUCGGCUACCCCAUGUCUGCUGCCUCUGAUCUGCAUGGGAGCUGGAGAUUUGGAUAUGCCGGAUGUCAGGUUUAUGCUGGGCUGAAUAUCUUUUUUGGAAUGGCGAGUAUUGGCUUGCUCACCCUCGUGGCGGUGGACAGAUACCUGACCCUCUGCCAUCCUGACACAGGACGGAGCAUGACCACCAACUCUUAUGUCGGCCUGAUUCUGGGUGCCUGGAUCAACGGCUUCUUCUGGGCACUGAUGCCCAUCUUGGGAUGGGCAAGUUAUGCCCCGGACCCUACGGGGGCCACCUGUACCAUAAACUGGCGGAAGAAUGAUAUAUCUUUUGUUUCUUACACGAUGACAGUUGUGGCUGUGAAUUUCAUCAUGCCCCUGACUGUGAUGGCGUACUGCUAUUAUCACGUGAUCCGUUCUAUGCACAAUGGCCCAGGGCACCUGGAUGGGGACUGGUCAAGUCAGGUAGAUGUGACCAAGAUGUCGGUGAUAAUGAUCCUCGCCUUCCUGGCAGCCUGGACACCAUAUUCCAUCGUGUGCUUCUGGGCUUCUUUUGGGGACCCGAAGAAGAUCCCCCCCUCGAUGGCCAUCAUAGCGCCGCUAUUUGCCAAGUCUUCCACCUUCUACAACCCCUGCAUUUAUGCGGUUGCCAAUAAAAAGUUUCGGAGGGCGAUGUUCGCCAUGCUCACAUGCCAGACCCCCCAGGUGAUGCCUGCGACAAGCAUUUUACCAAUGGAUGGAGCUCAAAGUCCACAGCUUCUGGAACAAACUGAAAUGAGAGCGGAGGUGUACCUUAACGUGGCAAUCUGUUGA